CCAGGCGCGCCUGCGCGCUAUCCACGUGACUCCUUCUCUGCUCCUUCCUCUAGUCGCCCCGCGCCCUCCCCUGCUCUGGAGUCAGUGACGUGGUGCUGACGGCUGCCUCCGGACCGAAAUCUGCUUCUGACUCUGGACUCGGACAAAUGCUCGCCAGCGGCGGGUCCGGAUCAUGUACAAUGGAGAAUUCCAACUCUGACUCAGAUUUAAUUGGCAGCAGUUAUGUUCGAAUUACUAAACUAUGCUGUGAACAGGGUGGUGCAUAUCCUAGAAAAUACUCACAAGUUAAGACAAAUUUAGAAUUGGAUAUCUGCAAAAUCUGGUGUAGUAAGCCACUUCAUGUCCUUCGAGAUUACUGUGAUGUCAUUAAAAUAUACAUCUUCUGGCCACUUCUUUUUCAACGUGAACAGACUCCUGUAGUAUCUCAAUUACAUCCUUGUAUAGAUAUCAGCUCUGGCACUUGUGAAUUAAGUUUGAAGAGGCUGCAGCAUAUUGAAUUGUUGGAAGAUAUUGUGGAUUUGGCAAAGAAAGUUGUGGAUGAUCAAUUCUUUAUUGGUGGCAUAUUGAGGAUUGGUUAUAAGAUAGAAAAUAAAAUCUUGGCAAUUGAGGAGGCUUUCAACUGGGUGAAAUACACAGGGGAGUUCAGAAUUCUGCGUAAACUAGAGAGAGCUGAAAACUGUUGGCCUAUGCUAAGUAUUUUUUUUACUGAAUAUAAGUACCAUAUAACCAAAGUUGUGCUGGAAGACUGCAAUUUAGUAGAAGAAUUUGAAUAUCAGAACUGUGCUGCUUGUAUAAAGGAAGGUGAAAUUAUGAAAACAAGAGGAAACGAAGAAUUCUCAGAAGAGAGGUUUGAUACGGCUAUCACCUAUUAUACCAGAGCAAUUGAAUUUCGACCUGAAAAUCACCUACUUUACAGUAACCGAGCUCUUUGUUUCCUUCGUACUGGUCAAUUCAAGUGUGCACUUGGUGAUGGAAAGAGGGCCACUAUUCUAAAGUACAACUGGCCAAAGGGCCAUUAUCGUUUUUGUGAUGCUCUCUCAAUGUUGGGGGAGCAUGCCUGGGCACUAGAAGCAAAUGAGAGAGCUCAACAUCUUUGCAGAAAUUACCCUGAUGGAAUGAAGGAUCUUACUCAACAGAACAUAAAAUUACUAAAACAAGUGGAAGAAUUACGAGGUUCAAAACAUGGAAUGAGGAAAUCAUUUUAUGGGAAAAGGUUAUCCUCAGGCUCUCCAAAACCUUCACAUUCUGGUUAUCUUAAUCUUAUGGAAACUAAUGAAGAAAACAAAGUUUUAAAAUUAGCAUCGAAAUAUCGUGACUAUUAUCAAUAUCAGAAUUUGAAGGUAUCGCGUGAGAUUUUGAAAUUAGAAAAUAAAAGCUAUCAACCGGAGUUGCCACCAGCUCCUAACCCUAAAUGUAGAGGAAAAUCAAGGAUCAAAAAUGAGGAGAUGGGAAAACCAAGCCUACAACUGAACUUACAAAUAGAUUUGCAAAGCUUAUUGGAUAAACAAUUCAGUAAAUCUUCCAGAGCUGUCCAGCAGGAUUUUGCUAUAUUAAUAAAAAUGCUGCAGUCCCUCAUUGAAGAAGGUUGCACAGCUCUGAUGGACCAACAUUGUCGCAGUGCAGCAAAAGCAUUCUCACGUUUGCUAAGUGAUUUAGAUCCCAAUAAGCUGAAGCAACUGAAUCUUGCUCUUAUUAACUAUGUCCUCGUAAUCUAUGGUUAUGCCAUCUCUCUUCUUGGAAUUGGACUGCCUGAGGAAUUAUCAGAAGCUGAAUAUCAAUUUAAGAGAAUUAUUGAUCAAUAUCCCAAUGAAGGAGUUGACUGCCUAGCCUAUUUUGGAAUUGGAAAAGUAUAUUUGAAAAAGAAUAGAUUUUCAGAUGCGCUAGGUCAUUUUGAAAAAUCAAAAACUAUGAUUAAACUUAUUCCUGGAGUAUUGACUUGGCCUACAACUAAUGUGAUUAUUGAAGAGUCUCAAGCUGAGAAAUUACAGUUGAUAUUGGAAAAUCAUAUUGAAGAAUGCAAAUUCCCUCCAAAUCCAGAUGCAGUUUGUUGUUAUCAGAAGUGCAAUGGAUAUUCCAAAAUCCAGAUAUAUUUAAGUGAUCCAGACUUCAAGGGUUUUAUACGAAUUAACUGCUGCCAGUUUUGUAGAAUUGAAUUUCAUAUAAGCUGUUGGAAAAAAUUAAAAACAACAAUUUUCAAUGAUAAAAAUGAUAAGGAAUUUCUCCAAGAAACAUGUCUUACUCCUGACUGUAGAGGUAUUAUUUCUAAGAUUGUUAUCUUUGGUGCAACUGGUCAUAUUAAAUGUGAAUUUGAACAUAGGGUCACAAAAGAAAAGGAUCCACCAAGACCUGUUAUGAAGCAGAAAUGUUCUAGUCUAGAGAAAUUAAAAAUUAAAGAAGAAAAGAAAGUCAAGAGAAAGCUUCAAAGAAAAGAAGCAAAAAAAAUAGCAAAAGAGAGAUUGGAAGAGAAAACUGCAGAAAAUAAUUCAUCUACGCAAGGUGAUCAUAAAGGAUUUGUACAAAGUUGCCAAUUUCCAGAUGAUAGGGUUUUGCAGUGUAUAAAACAAAAUGCUGAGCAAAUUAAAUCUGGCAUUCAAGACACUUCCAAACUUCUUCGAGAUUUACUUUGUUGGAAGGUAAUAAACACAGAGGAUUAUGCAGAUUCAUAUUUUAAUAGCAAUUUUCUAAGGGAAACAGUGGAGCAUCUCCUCGAGCAUUUGAUACGGAAAAACAAUAGAGUAAACACAAGAAUUUUUCUGCAUGUAUUGAGUGAGAUCAACGAAGUAAAGCCCAAACUGCGUGACUGGAUCAACAAACUCAAUACCUUAGGUUUGGAUGCUACAAGGAUGUUUUUUUCCCGUUAUGGUGAUUGUAUUAAAGAGCUUGAUUUUAAACUGAUAGCUGUUCUCUGGGAUGAGAAAUAUGGGCGUAAACUAGACCAUGUAAUCACCAUCCGUGAAGAGAGAGAUGUAGUUGGAUAUUUCAAUAAUCCAGGGUCACUGAAGGAAGCUCGCUCCAUCAUAUGGCUUUUAGAAGAAAAUAGAGACAAGUUUCCAGCACUGCAUAAUGCUUUAGAUGAAUUCUUUGAUAUAAUGGAUGGCCCUUGUACUAUAUUAAGGAAACAAGAAAAUGAAGAUAUUUCAACUAAUGGUAUUAAGGUAAAAAACAAAACCAGAAAAAAGAAGCACAAAGAAUCAAAGCCUAUUUUCAUACUCUCUGGAGUUGGUGGAGUAACACAAAAUGAUGAUAAAACCGGUACAGAUGAAAGUAGUGUACUUCCAUCGAAUUCUUAUGACCCAUUUGUAGUACCUGAUUAUCUUCGAGAUGAAGUAGAAGAAUUUGAAGCUCUAUAUGAAAAAAGUAGUUCAAAUAAUAGCCAUUAUCAGAAGUUGAAUAGUAAUCUAGAUCCAAAAUGUGAACCAUUAUAUGACUAUUUUUCUCAGAUCCUGGAAGAACAUGGCCCUUUGGAAAUUGAUGACAAGUUAUUGGUUGGAGAAUAUGAACUUUUUCCUGAAGAAACUAGGAAGAUUGUGGAGGAGGCAGGAGGCUUAAAAUCUUUUCUCUUGGAUUCUCUUCGUUUUGUUAUGAUUGACAGUUAUAUUGGAUUGAUGAAAGAUGCUGUUCAACUUAAGAAAAGUAAGAGCCCUGGUGCCGGGGCGGAAGAAAGCACUAGUCUAGAUAAAAAAGGCUCGACGUUCCCACCACCCUUUCAGAAAAAUGCUUCCCAGUUUAAACCCCAGUUGAAUCCAGCAGCUAAGGAAUUUAAACCAGUGUCUUGUAAUUCUCACACACCAGCAUCUAAAAGUAAAAAAGGAAAUCGGGCUGCAAAACAUGCAGCUGCAGCACAUACCGCACAUAAUGCUCUUAAUAGUGGUUUUUCUAAUCAAGGAUUUGACACCAGUAACACACCAGUGUCUCAUGCAAAUGGAUCACCACAGUCGUCUCAGUGUGUGAAUGUAUGCACGCCUGCACCUGACACAGCUUCUGAUUAUCAGACAAAAAGAAAACUACCACCGGCGUCCGCUGCGGCUCCUGUCACAGACACUGACAGAAGAGACAGUCAUAUCCAUGCCAACUAUGAGGCGUGUCAUGUGACUACUGAAAAGCCAAUGGGGAACGCGCUUGAAAAAGGAUGUUCCUCUGGUAAGCCUACUUAUGAAAAACAGCUCCAUCAGAACACUCAGAAAACAACGGCCAAGUCAGACACUCUUAAAAAUAAUCCUGCCAAAGAUGCCCACAGCCGAAAUAAUGAUCAUUGUAAUGCCGGUACUAGUAAAGUGGAAGCGGAAAUGAAAAAUACUCCUGCCGCUAAAAACACUCCGUGUACACGAAUGGUUGCCAUACAGGUGAAAAAAGACUUAAUGCACCAGGAGGUUAAUACUGUGCCUUUUGGUCCAUUUGAAACACAACAGGGUGAUAUUUUACGAAUGGAAAAGGAACAUCAGGUAUUACAAGAGCAACUUAAGGAAGCAAAGGAAAAAUAUGAGCAAUUAAAAUGUAGAAGUACAGAAGAGACCAGAGAGCUGGAAGAAAAACUGAAAAGAACAAUGGAAGAAAAUAAGAUUACCAAGACUGAAUUGAAUUGGUUUCAUCAAGAUCUGGAAAUAGAAAUGAAAAAAUGGCAACAGGAAAAAAAGGAAAAUCAUGAAAAAUUAAAAACUCUAAGAAAUAAAGUCAAGAAGCUUACAGAUUCCAGUGAAACAUACUCAAGGAAUAAUGAGGAAAAGGAUCAACAGUAUGCAUCACACUUGGAUCAAUUCCUCAAAAUCAGUAAUAAAUUUGCAAAUGAAAAAUUGAAAAUGGAGGAACUUAUAAAGAAGGGAAAAGAGAAUUACCAUGAAGCUAUUAAAAGAGCUGUAGCUGCAGAGGUGACCAUACUUGAAAACUGGAAGAAUACUGAUGUGAAUAAAUUGCAGAUUACUUUAUCAAAAGCAGAAAUGUAUAUUAAGAACCUAAAGUUAAUGAACAGCGGUUCGGUUUCCUACCUUAAUCUGGAAUCGGAGAUCAGUCACUGGGAGUCAUUUAUUUCCAAAAUAAAGCAAGAAAUGGAGAAGGCGGAGUUUGAGUUUGACGACCGAAUUCAGAAAGUUAAAGCUGGUUCUCAACUUGAUAAACUUUCUAAAGUCAAAGUUCCUGAAUUUCCGUUACCUACGAAUAGUUUAUUAAUUCAAGGCAAGCUUGCUCAUACUAAUGAUCCAUCCACUAAGACAUAUUCUACCCAAGUUCAUCCGAAGUCACUUCCUGAAUUUUCAUGUCUCGAUGAUCAAAGUCCAGUGAACGGGCCAACUAAUUUAUUCGCUGGGAACCAAACCCUGGCACUUCAGAACGCGAGUCUGCUCUCUGCCAGUGACGGCUCCUUGGAGAUACCUUCUGCCCUUUUACAAGCAGCGUAUACUGAUCCGGGCCAGGCUGUGGAUUCUGAAACGGAUGCCCAGAUUAAUCAAAGCCCCAGAGAUGUUGCACAGACACAUGCCAGCACUCUGAACCAGCCUCAGAAGACUUUUAACAGCGUGAUUGAGCACCUGGCAGCCAUAUUCCCAAACUACAGCAGUGCUGAGCUUUUGAGCUUCAUCCAAGAAGUCCAAAAGCAAGAUGGAUCCACCCAAGCAGGCUUGGAGUCGGAUGAAAUGGUCAGAAACGUGACAGAACUUAUUCUGGAUGAACAGAAUAAAAAGUCUGCUGUGGAAGGAAAAGACAUGGUGUCUGUACCAAGUGGUGCUACCACUGCUGCUGAGUCUUCUGGUCUUAGACAUUCAGCAGAAAAUGUCUCCAUUUCCAGCCCCUCCAAGGGUUCCCAAACAGUUGCUAGCAAACCCUGGGUAGUUGUUGGAGGACCCUCGAAGUCCAAGUGGCAAAAAUCAAAUGAUUCCCCUGCCUCCGGCGAUGACCCCUGUAUAAUACGCUAUGAAGAGCUCGAUCAGGAAGGUGUGUGUGAGAUGGAGUGUGGGCAUCCGUUUCAUAAAUGGGCAGCAGCAACUCACCACUCGAUCCCACUGCUGAUCAACACAGAAGAUUUGACCUGCUCUAUUUCUGACCUGGGCCAGUUUGCCCUUCCUUAGGCAGCUUGAUGCACUCACCACUCCUCGGGAUCUCAUCUGACUUGGAAGACACCCAGUCAGCACCCAAGCUCAAGUGAUCCAUCCUGCUCAAGUCGUCUACGUCACCACAACUAGCGCAUUCUGUUUUCUAAAUGGUUUUUAAAGUAUUUGAAAAGAUUUAUAUGAUCAUUUUGACUAAUUGUUCCAUCCUUUCCUUUUCCAAUGCAUUCCUCUGCCCAACCUCUGUUUAUUUGAUGUAAUAUGAUGGUCUUAACUGACACUUUCCUGCCAUUGAUUCCAAGAAAUCUGUGUACAAUCCAUGCCCUGGUUUUUGAGGUGCCGCAUCAUUCCAGUAGAACAGUUAGAAAAAUAGAGCAGUUGAAUAACCCCCAUUGUCAUUCCAGACAUUAGCUGUUUCUCCUGCUCUGUAUGGCUACAGCUUGGGAUCUUCAUCUGCCAUCUGACUCCCCUGAUCUUUUUCCAUGUCCAGUUUUGAAGCCAUCCGUCACUAAAAUGAAGAGCUCUCAUAGAGGAGCAGAAAAAUAAACCUAGGUGAUGCUCGACCCAUCCAUUCCCUCUCUCCUCUUUCAUCUCUGUCCCUUCUUCCCUCAUCCUUAAGACAUCGACGAUUGGCCUUCUCCGGUACUCAUCCCACAUAUCUAUGCCUGUUUGCUACCAAACUCAUCUCAGAAAGAUGCCCAAAGAGUUCUCAGCCCCAUAAAACAUGAUUUCUCUCCCCUCUACUACGGAAACUUUCUCUCCAAAGUUUUCUCGUCUUUUAACAAAAAGUCUGUCUUGUUGCCUCUUCACCCCCAUUGGAACAAAGACAUUUUUGUUUGUCAAUAUGCAGUCAAGCAAAACAAAUUCCAAUCAAGUAUGUUCAAACCAUGCACGUCUUAUUUCUGCCUUGUGAGUAGGAGACCUUUUGUCUAAACAGGUUGAUACCAUGUUUAACUUCUUUUAAACGCCUCAUUAUCUUGCUCAUGCUGGAAGUGCAGCCGGCACUCGCCGUCCUGAGCGGCACAGAGGCUUCGAGCUGCUUCCUUGCUGACCUCCCGGAGGCAGCGCCAUGUUGAUGGCACACUUGGAGCACAAUAACCACCCCGGGAUUGGUAGCAGGCUUCGUGGUCAGGCUUCUAGAGCCAUAGAGCUGGGCACUCACCGAGUUGUGGAAUCUUCCAGAGUUGCUUGUCUUGACCGUUUUUAUUGUUGUGUAAAAUGUUCUCCUGCUUCUGCCCUCUGGAACUCUCCGUGUCUUUUUGUAGCACCGUUCAUCUCUUUCAUAUGUUUCUUCACAUGUUCACAUUUGUUCAUUCAAACAUGAAUGAAAUCUACAUGGUGCUACCUACUAUAUCUCUCUGUACUUAUAGCUCUGUGUGUAUUUCCUACAGAACAGCAGUGUUCUGCCGCAUUCAUAGACCACAGUGUGUUCAGCCAUUCUCCAGUUCCUUGCUGCCACAAAGAGGGCAACUUGGAUCUCUUUUAGGGCAUGCAUUUAGUAGUUUUUCUGGGCCAAAGGGCAGGAACCAUUUGGUAACUUUGGGGACAUCAUGUCCUAUGGAUUUUUAGAACAAGUAGAUCAACAAACGACUCCACCAAAAGUAUAUUAAUGGAACCAUUCCAGCAGCCCCUCCAACAUUUUUUGUUUUCAUUAUCUUUGCCAGACUUAUGAGUUCAAAGGCCAACCUCAGUUGUUUUAAUUUGUGUUUCUAUAAUUAUAAGAGAUUUGGAGCUUUUCUAAAAACUGCCUAUUUGAGAUUCUAUUUACAUAUUGGCCAAGGGUUCCAAGUCUUGCAAAUUUGAAAUAGUUCUUUUUAUAUUUUGUAAAUAAUACCAUUAUUAGAUUUCUGCACCUCCACCAUCCUGCCCUGGUGACUUUUUUUUUCCUCUUAUAAUUUUAGCUGCAUUGAACUUAUUUGUGCAAAACCUUAAAUUUUGUAUGAUCAAAAUUAUCUGUUUUCCCUCUCUGACCUUUUCUAUCCCUUAUUUGGUCCUGAGCUCUUCCCCUCUCUAUAGAUCUGACAGGUAAUCUCUUUCUUCUACAAUUUGUUUGUCAACUUUUAUGUCUAAGUCAUGUACCUGUUAGGAACUUAUCUAGGUAAACAGUAUAAGAUAUGGCUAUAAACCUAUUUUAUGCCAUAAUAUUUUCCAAUGUUCCAUACAGUUUUUGUUAAAAAAUAAAUUCUUAUUCCAAUACCUGGUCUAGUUGAGGUUUUCAAAUACUAGGCUACUACUUUUGCUUUUGUCUUGAAUCUAUUCCUGAUUUUAACUCUUUUUUUCCCCUUUAUUUUUCUAUUUCUUUACCAAUCUCAUGUUGUUUUGAUGAUUGUUGCUUUGUAAUAUACUUUUAAGAUCUGAUACUAUGAAGCCCUCUUCAUUUCAAUUAUUUUUUUCCUAGGCUUUUCCUGGAGAUUCUUGACCUUUUCUUUGUCUAGUAGAAUUGUUCUUUUUUCUAGUUCUAUAACUCUUUGUUCCCAAAUAAGUAAAUGAAUUUAGGUAGCUUUUAUUGUCAUUUUUAUUAUGUUGUCUCAGCCUAACUAUAAACAAGGAAUAUUUGUCCAGUUAUUUAGGUCUGUAUUUCUAUAACAGUGUUUUAUAAUUGUAUUCAUAUGGUUUUUGUGUGUCUUGUAUACAUUCCAUAAGUACUUUAAAUGGAAUUUCUCUUUCUACUUUUUCUUGCAAGGUUUUGUAAUAAUAUACAGAAAUGCUAUUGAUUUACGUGGAUUUUUUUAUAUCCUGUAAAUUUGCAAAAGUUCCCAUUAACUUUUAGUUGAUUUUCUAUGGUUCUCUAAUUAAGCUAUCAUGUCAUUCACAAAAAAGCAAUGAUUUUGUUCCCUUUUUUGCCUAUGCUUGUUUCCUUGCUUUAUUUGUCCUGUUAUGUUGCCAAACCUAACUUUUCUAGUGUUAUAUAAACUAAUAUUGGAAAUCAUAGCUAUCCUUUGCUUAUUGAAAUUAAUUGAAACACACAGAUUUCCGUGACAUAUAAUGUUGUCUCUUAAUUUUAGAUAGAUAUUAUAGCAAGGAAACAUAUAUCUAUCCUUAUUUUCUCGUAUUAUGAUUGUUGAUGUUAUGUUGAACAGGAUUGAGUGUCUAGUCCAAAACUUCCUAUAUCUCCUGCUGUAAUCUUAUGAUAUGUUGUUUUUAUGGUUGAUGUGGUCCAUUAUGUCAAAAGUUUCCUACUAUUGAAUGGCCUCUACAAGAUGCCCCCAAUCAAUCAGUAUUAUCCAAGACUUAGCAGAAACAAAGAACAUGGAAUGAGAUCAUCCAAAAGACAAGGAUCUACAACCAAUAUCUUGUCCAAGAAACCUGGGUGUAUCCUCAGUGAAAUGAAGGACUAGCAAAUUUUUCGGAGUAGAAAAAAAAGAAGUGAAAAGGAACUUUGAGAUAUUUAGAAGUCAAGAAAAAUUACAAGUUGAGAUGAAUAAUCAAAAGAGACUAUUUACAGUCUGAUAGCGAGAGAUGUUAGAACGUCUCUCUUAAAACCCUAAUGUCAGGUAGGUUACUUAGUGGAUUGAGAGUCAGGAUUAGAGGACCUAGUUUCAAAUCUAGUCUAAGACAUGUCCUAGCUGUGUGACCCUGGGUAAGUCAUUUAAUCCCCAUUACCUAGCCCUUAUGUCUCUUAUACCUUGGAGCCAAUACAUAGCAUUGAUUCUAAUAUGGAAGGUAAGAGUUUUUAAAAAACUCUAAUGCCCUUAAAGGUUAUCAUUUGGGACAGCAAAUCUAUAAUAGUUUUUUAUAUAUAUAUAUAUUUUGAAGAUGUAAGAAAAUGAAAAAUGGCAGAGAAGGAUACAUUGAGAUAAGAUGGGAAAAAAGAUAGACAAACUUAGCGAGACACACUCUAAUAUCCUGGUAUUUGAUAAGCAUUUGAUAUUUGAUAAGCAUUUGAUCAUUUUUUUCAUGAAAUGUUUUUUUUUAAUUUUAUUACAUCUUCUGAAUUUCUUUAUAUACUCUUGUUUUAUUGUGCCCCAAGUCACAGGAGUGAAGACUGUUGUCAUUCUUUCUGGGUUAUUUGUCUUCUUCAAGACUCAAACUACUAGAUAAAGAUUUAUUUCUUCAUUGGUCCAUUUAUUAUUUGAAAAAAACUGUUGAGAAUACUGGACAGUGGCGUGGGAAAAGUUACUACUAGAAGAAUGUUUACAACAAGCUUCCCUGACAGGCGUUUCCUUCCUAAGAAUUAUAGAUACGUAGAUAUAAAGAUAUCUGUGUAGACCCGAAUCCAAUGUAUGAGAGCAAGAACAGGCAGACAAGACCCAGACCUUCUAUAAUCAUGUGGGAAAGUAUCCCAAGUCUACCAGUUGGAGAAAUACAAAUUCAAUCACUCUUAGGUUCCACCAAAGUGGCCAAGAUGGCCAACACGGAAUAUGAUAAAUACUGAAGGAAUUAUGAGAAAAUUAACCCAUUAACGCUGGUGAACUUCUGCAUGCCUGCAGCCAUUUCUGUAAAGCAGUUUGGUCGAUAAUACCAAAAGUUAGUCCAUAGUGCAUUCCCAUUGGCCCAGUUGUGUUACUGCAAGGCCAAUAACCAAAAAAGGUCAACAAAAGGUACAGCAAUAAUUAUAGCAGCUCUGUUUGCACUGGAGUGCAGUGCAGUGUCCGUCAGCUGAAGAAUAGCUGAAUGAGUAAGCCAUGGUGUGUAGGGACGCGAAGGAGCGCUGCUGUGCUGCUAAAAAUAAGAAAACAGAUUAUCCAAAAAGAAAUGGAAAGACUUGCACGAGCCAACAAAAGUCAAGCAGAACCAGAAGAACAAAUUCCACCUAACGUCAAUCCUGUAAAAAUCAACGCUUCCAGGAGUCUCGACACAGAUGAAGAAUGAGACGUGCAGAACGCAGAGAAUGACACGCAAUAACCCAUGGCGAUAGCAACAGUCCAAACAGAGCUUCGAAAGCCGUCAUAACCCAUGAGGAUGGCCACUCACUGCUCCAGAGCGCCGGGUAGAACAGGCGGGAUGCGUACAGGCUGCAGAACUGGAUGUAUCUUGGGAAAGCCACCAAAAGAAUUUGUUUUGUUUCACUAUGUAUUUGUUAUGAGACAUUUCUUCUUCUUCUUUUCUUUCUUUUCCUCCCCCCGGGCAGAUGUUGGAAGGGAGUAAAUAGGUCAGACCGUUCCUUUUUCCUCAAUAGAGGCGCAGUUGUUCCCUGUGUUAAACGUCGUAUUGUUACUUGUACUUGACUGUUUUACUUUGUUGUUAGUAGGAGUUAACUGUAAACGCUUGUAAUGUGAACGUGAACCUCAAUAAAGCUUUGUUCCAAGCACUAA